AUGGAGUCUUCCUCAAAAAUAUAUCCUACAAAAUUCCCGUUACACAUGAAACCAUUGAAAAGAAAUCGCAGUUUACUGGCGUCUCUGCUGCUCACGCAGGACAACAACGACUUGUCCUGGAACCAACAGCAAUUCGACGAGUCUUCGACAUACAAAAUGCCCAGUGUUUCUCGGAAAAAGAACACAGGCGGCGGUGACAUAAGGAUGUACGGAUGCAACAGAUGCGGAAAAUCUUACAAAGCCGCGACGUCGUUGAGCCGUCACAAACGGCUCGAGUGCGGUGUCGUGCCCUGCGAGGUGUGCCCCAUCUGCAGUCGCAGAUUCAAGCACAAGUUCGUCUUGAACGCUCACAUCGGUGCCUGCGAGAGAAGAAUGAAUCAGACGAUACACAAGAAAGUUUACGAUUAA